AAAUGCACCAUUAAUUGUUGUUUUUUUUUAGACUUUCUGCCCUUUUUGUUUUAUUUUUUUGGCUGGCGCAAAUGAACAGCGCUGUUAAAGUGGAGCGUGGCUUAUGUAACAACGUCCAGAAAGAAAGAAUGUAAGUGUCUGAGCAGAUCCUUAGUACUUUUAAGGAAACUCUGCUGAAGACAGGAUAAAAAUAACAGUUGGUUUAACAAUCUUAAAUAUAGUUUGUGAACAUUCACAUAUUUUCUCUCCAUUUGGGCUAACGGUAUAACAAUUACUAUAUUUUUCUGGCAACUUGUUAUGUUAGGAGCUUCCAGCAUGGGUAGAGCAUUUAUUGCAGUGCUGGACGUGGAGGAAUUGGUUGGCAGCCUGAGCGCUCCGCUUAUAAAUAAUUAUGUAAUCCUGUUACAUUACAUCCUAACUCCUCGUUGUUACACUAAUCGCCCCUUUCCUUUAUCCCUCCAAUCUCUGGAAACCAUUGCAAGCGUUUGUGCUCUCUGGUUAUUACUUUACAGUUAUAUUAUUAAUGGCCACCUGUUUAUGGAUUUUUUUUUUAUAUAUAUAAAAAAAAAAAAAAAUUCUGUUAUAGGAUUAAUUUAAUACAUAACAGCCAUAAGCAGCCUUCCCCCUUUAUUGUGUUGUAUCUGGUUUGUGGUCCCUGAUACUGAUAUGCAUGCAAUAUUCCCAGCAUGUUAUUAUAAACCUAGCACGAUAUAAUCCUACAUGCGCCUCAAUCCAGCUCCGUAUUUCACCAACCCUAUGAAAUGUUAUACUUUACAGCGCUGUUCAUUGACCUGCCACUGCCUUCAUAUCUGUGGUUUUAUUGUGUUAUUCCAGUAUGAUCCAGUGCAAUUCAUUUUUUCUUCUUUUAUUUUUUAAGUAAUCUACCAAAUUUCCAGUUGCACUUCCAUUUUUUUUUCCAGUAAACCCACAGAUUGCUGUUUGUCUAUUUUUUAUUGCUUGGUUACUUGUGUAUUGCUAUACAAAUAGCCCAAAUUCAUUACAUGGAAUAUACUGUCUGUUGCCUCACCGCUUUUCCGCUGAUCAAACCCACUUUUGUCGUAAGCUAAAAAUACUGCCUCUUGUUUAUAUUGGCUGCGGUUGGCGCUGGUAAUUAGAGAUUACUCUUAUCGCAUGCGGUUAUCACAGAAUGUGCACGGGGUGAUUAACCUACUAAAUAAGUCCUGACACUCCCGCCUUUCUACAUUGUGAUAGGGGGGGGGGGAUAAAAAGGUAUUCUAUUCUGUCUAAAAAUAAGUGUAGCUUUAUGCUCCAGACCUUAAUUUACCCGAAAGGAAAUGUUGACCUCGGCUGUAAGGUUCAUGAAAUGUAAACUUUUUCCUCUGUUGUUUUCUAAUAACAGAAGUGUUUUGGUAUACUUAGCCGCUUUUAUAUAAAUAUAUGGAGGAUAUAUUUUUACAUUGGGGGCUUCCUGCUGUUUAGAUCAGGGAACAUUUUAUUCCGGAAUAUUUUGUAAAAUUCCCACCUUCUUAAACAAUGCACCUGGAAUUAUAAUGUCUGCUAAAAAUCUUGGGCAGGCUAAAAUUAAAUAAGAAGCCUGAAACUGCUAAUGAAAAUUUCCCCUAAUACAAACAGAAAAACAUAAAGAAUUACAAAUAUAAAUGAUCUGGAGAUUAAAGUCACUGAGAUGUUGUCCACAUUUGGGAAGUUUGCUGUUACCUACUUGUCUUGUGAGUUUCGGGAUAAACUUUACUAGACCUCUCCCACACAGGUUAAUGAAAGGAUGGGAAAAUAGUUAGUUCUUGUAAAAGGAAUGACUAUAGUAGAAUGACUAUCAUCAGUAUGUUAAGCUGCAUAGGUUUGUGCAACAUGUGGGGUCUCCCGGAAUAUAGCCCUUUAGUAUUUAAAAUAUUAAAGGAUGCCUAAAGCUGAUGAGACAGAGACAAUUUUUUGUUUGUCAGUGCUCUCCUUUUUACUGUGUUUCGUUGUAUGGUGCUGUACAUACACACCCCUGCUGAGUUCCCAAGUCUAUAAAAUCCAUCCUGCUAUUCAGGAAACAGCCAGAAUACAAUCUUCACUUUUUUAUUCAUUCAUCAUUGAUUGUGGAAUGGUGACUUUGUACCAUAGCCUAAAGUUAUGACCCCAGAAAUCCCUGCCUUUUAUUGGGCCCAGAAAUUCUUAUAACAGGACACAUUGAUGGAAAAUAGCCUGAUAUGGACACUCCAUGACAACCACCCCACCCUAUUGCAUUCUUCUGUUGAGGACUAGGCUCCUCUUCCUGAAGUAGAAUGUCACCAUUUUUGGUAUCAUUAAGCUGUCUUAAGUCAUUCUUGUAUAGACAUAUUCUUUGUAAGAAUAUUGAGGUUAUGACUGAAAGUAAAUUGUUAUGAACUGCUGUAAAUCAUUUACCUCCCCCUAAUGGAAUUUAAGAAACUUAAAUUAUCCAAAUAGGAAGAAUUUCAAACAUUAGUUUUAUUGCUGUUGGUUCCCAGCAGAUUUAUGGAGCCCCUUUUUUCUGAAGAUUAGUAAAAUUUCCUUAAAAAAGAUAAGAUUCUCACAUUAACAUUUGGGUUGUAGCUUCAGUCAUUCAAAUAGAAGGAAGUCACAUCCUUAGAGUUUAGUUGAAAGUAGCAUUGCUGUAAUAGAAAUCCCUACACUAUAUAAAGCCUGUGGGGGUUUAAUACUCAUAGCGGCAAGGAUCAACAAGUAGAGCUGCACUGUAAAGAUUAAGGGACAGAAACUGAUACAGAUUUCAGACUACUUUAACGUUAGUGAUGGAAACGGUGCCCGAACAUCCAAGUCUGAAAAACAUAACCGAUAAACGGUGAUAUAUAAUAUUGAAGACCACUACUACCCCUAUGUUAAACAGAAACCUCAAGAGUAGGUCAAUUAAUUAAUUUUGCAGUCUUUUUUUAUUUUUACUCUUAAUAUGCCUGGGCCCAAUAAAUGUGAACUUUGUAUUCCAUUAUAAUUACUGCCACAACUGCAGCCAAUUGCAAGGCAAGGUGGGGGGUGCAAUCGGAUGAAAUCUUCGCUGAGGCAACCAGCUAUUGAGAUUCUACCCUGUAGACGAAUCAGUCUAACGUCUACAUAAAUCUGGACAACAAGUAAAGCAGAAAUUAGAAUACUGCAAUAAUAACAACCUUUGUAUGAACGGAUGAGUUGUAAAACAGUGGGGGAGGGGUUAAGGAUGUGAAUGGGGAAACAGCAAUAUUUCAGAAUGAAUGUGGACUAAAAUAUUGAUCAAAUUGACCUAGAAAUUCCAUGUGAUAAUUGGAUUGCUUUUUUUAUUUUAUUAUUUUUUUAUUUAUUUCUAUUUGCUGGGAUGCUAGCUGUUUUCUCUAUUAAUACAGUUAACUUGCAUUCUAGCUUCUCCACUCAGAGGCAGGCAUCGUGUGGUGGGUUGUGUGACUAUGUCUGUCUAUCAAUAGUGAAGACAAAUAUUGCCAGAGACACUAAACCCAUCCAAACUCACCCAGGGUAUAGGUCGGUCUCGUUUUCAGACUUUUUCCUAAGCCUUUUUUUUCUUUCUUUCUUUCUGUUCCUUUUAUUCAUUUUUUUCAGUUUUGAUUAGUGGAUUGAUGAUGAAUGUUGGUAAAAAAUGUUCAUUUAAAUAUGCUGUUUAUUUUAUACCUCACAAUAUAUAUAUAAAAAAAAUUAAAAAAAAUUGGCACGUUUAUUUUAACCAUAUAUUUGUGGCCACUUUGCUUGUAUGUGUAUUAUGUUCGAGGUCAGAUUUGAGAAGUAAAGGGCUGUUGAGUGUUUAUCACCUCUAGUUCUGUAGUGGCCUGUCUAUAUAAUGUACAAUUGGUCACUCCCUAUAGUUUGUAUACCCAGUUACUGAAUUUGUUAAAUAAAAGGCACUGGGUUUGAAAUUUAGUAUUUUUUUAUUUUUUUUUUUUAUAUAAGUGGGCCUCUUCCUGUAAUAACUAAUCCUAAUGUUGUAGCCACAUUCAUUCAGUUAUCCAUUUUGUUCAAAUAGAUGAUUUAUGUAAAAUUAUCUAUAUUAGAAGAUUGUAUUAUUAUCUAUCAUAUAAGGGUGUAAACAUUGUUAUUGUUAGCACUGUGUAUAGUGCCUUACAAGAUUAUGGUUUACAAGCUGCCCUCUAUCCAACAAAAAAGCAUUUGAACAAUUUUUUUAUUUGUGAACAUUGAUUUUUCUAAAAAAGUUUAAGCUUAGUUCACAAAAUAUCAGAUUUAUAUCCACUUCGUGUGGUCCUUCCAACCAUAUAUGUUCUUUGUGUGGUUGGAUAUUAUUAUUGUAUAUUAUUCAAAAAUAAAAAUAAAGGAGCCUAUAAUAUUUCUGCUUUAAAUAAUUUUUGUUUUGCCUAAGAUAAGUAUAUUUUUAAAUAAUUUUUCUGUAUAAACUAGAUUAUUUAAAAAGAACAUGAGUAGGAAUUAGUGAUGAAUAUUAUGGGAUGCCUAUAAUGGUUAAUAAAAAAAAAAAUACCUAAAAUGGCAGAUUGUGCUGAAGGCAAAGUGGCUUCAAAUCUGGUUAAGUAAAGCUAAAAUGACGUAGCAUUAAUAUAGAAGCAUUUUCUUAAUGCAUGACCAAAAAACAACCACAGCACCUAUAAAAUACUAUGAUUUUUCUUUUAAAUGUGAAUGCUUUGGAAAGUCACUGAAUAUUUUUUUUUUCUUAUUUUAUUUUUAUUUAUUUUUUUGUUUCAGCUGCAAAGUAAAGCAAUGUGCACAAACACAGUGUAAAAUGGAACUGAUAAAAUACUUUACUAGAUUCAUUUUUCAUUCAUUUCCUGAAAAAAGUUGAUAAAAGCUGUGAUAUGUGAUUAUCACAAUAGUUAUAGCUAUAGAACUAUUUCAAAGAACAUAUUUUUCCAAAAAUAAUAGUUUUAUAUUUAAAAGGAAAUGACUCUUUACCCUUAGGGAUAAGUGGCCUUUAUGGUUUGAACAUAGGUUAUCACUGUACAUAUUCCAGCUGGCACAUUUUAGUUUGUGUCUGUGAAUCCUAUAAUUAUUUUAAUAAUAAUUUUUUAUAUCUAAAUACUUAGCACACAUCUAUGUGAACUAUAACGUCUUUGCUGUUUGGUUAGUUGUGAUGGAAAAAAAUGGAUGUAAUGGUUUUACAACAUAUUAUAUUGUGGCACAUUUGCCCAAUUGCUUAAUAAUCAUAACAUGCGCAUUUCAAUAUAGUUUGCUCAGUAAAGUUUUGAUGCUUUAAUAAUACCAACAAUACAUUUUAGUUUGUAAUCUUACUACUUCUUUUGAUAAAGUAAUUUAAAGUCAAUGCCCAAUCUUGUAAUUACCCCAUUUACAUACUGUUUAGGGUCCAAAACUGUAUCAGUUCCAUUUUGCGAAAUACAUGAGUUUGUCUUAUACUCUAUUUUUUCUUUAUUAUUUUUAAUAUUUGAAUAAUUAGCAGCUGUUUCUCAUUUAUUUUCUCAUAUUUUUAUUCCAGGAUUUGCCUCUGAAGCAGGGAGUGUCUGCAUUAAAAAUGACCAGUAGUUCUCUGCUUCAUAGAUGCCUCAUCUUCCUCCUCUUCCACCAUGGGCGGUGCUCGCAGUUCCUUUACCACCACUUCCAGCCCUUCUAAUUACUCUACCUCACUCACCGAUACCAAAGCUAUGCAGUCCUCUGCCACGGGGGUAAGUAAGCCAGGGGUAAGUGACCAGCUGUUAGCCAGUAAUACAGGCCGGCAGCAGUCUGUGCCAUUGAGAUGGACAGUCCUAAACAUUUCUCCACCCCCGGAAGACCUGCUGGAUAGCAGUCUGAUGUCCUGCCAAGAUGAAGGGGGUGCACUGGAUUCUGAGCAGAGCUGCAACAUGUGGACAGAAGACUCCGCAUCUAAUUUCAGCAACAUGAGUUCCCAUUCUUACAAUGAUAACACAGAAGUCCCACGUAAGUCACGCAAGCGAAAUACGAAGCAGAGGCCAGGGGCCAAGCGAAGAGAUUCGAACAUGGAUGUUUUUGAUGCAGACAGCGCCAAAGCUCCACAUUAUGUUCUCUCCCAGCUCACCUCGGACAGCAAAGGGAACGGCCAAGCUGGAACUGGAGCCUCAGAGUCUCCAAAGGGAGCGAAGAAGAGUCCAAUACUGUGUGAGCAGUUUCCAUUGAAGAGUGAAGGAAAAGAACUUAAGAUUGUGGUACAGCCAGAGACUCAGCAUCGUGCCAGAUACCUGACAGAGGGAAGCCGGGGUUCUGUGAAAGACCGAACACAACAGGGAUUUCCUACAGUAAAGCUGGAAGGUCAUAAUGAGCCUGUGGUGCUUCAAGUGUUUGUAGGCAAUGAUUCUGGACGAGUGAAGCCACAUGGAUUCUACCAGGCCUGCAGAGUGACUGGGAGGAACACAACUCCCUGCAAGGAAGUGGAUAUAGAGGGCACCACAGUCAUAGAGAUCAUGCUUGACCCAGGCAACAUGAUGACUCUAGCGGUUGAUUGUGUUGGAAUCCUGAAGCUCAGGAACGCUGAUGUUGAAGCCCGAAUUGGAAUUGCCGGUUCCAAGAAGAAGAGCACGCGAGCGAGGCUUGUGUUCCGAGUAAACAUCCCUCGGAAGGAUGGUUCAAUUUUAACCUUACAAACCCCAUCAUCCCCAAUCUUGUGUACUCAGCCUGCAGGGGUGCCAGAGAUUCUCAAGAAAAGUCUGCACAGUUGCUCUGUAAAAGGAGAAGAGGAGGUGUUCUUAAUAGGCAAAAACUUUCUAAAAGGAGCGAAGGUUGUGUUCCAGGAAAACAUUGCAGAUGAUAAUUCUUGGAAAGCUGAAGCUGAAAUAGACAUGGAGUUAUUUCACCAGAAUCAUCUUAUAGUGAAGGUUCCUCCUUACCAUGACCAGCAUAUCACUUCCCCUGUUUCCGUUGUAAUGUUUGUGGUGACAAAUGCAGGUCGAUCUCAUGAAGUUCAGCCUUUCACAUACACUCCAGAACCAUCCAUUCCUGUAAGUGUUCUCAUAAAGAAAGAGAUAUCCAGUCCAUCACAGUCCUGUACUUUUGAAGACUCUAUGAAAGCUACAAACCCGCCUGGUUGUAACAUGGAUCAAGUGAAUUUGGUUCCACCAGCCAGAGGGUCUCCACACAAGUCAAGCAACAUAAUCAAAAAUGAAGAUGUUGCUCCUAUGGAGCUAACUGGAGACCAGAGGAAUUCCCCAUUGUAUAAGACAUCUAAGAUUGUUGUAUCGGCUCAACAGAAUCUGGAGAGUUCACCUGCCACUGGUUCUUUUUCACCUACUGUAUCUCGCCUAUCUCCUGAGAAUGACCAGCAGACUAUCCAGACUCAAGAAGUUACUCAGCCGAGCAGUUUCCAAGCAUCACCUCCCAGCCAGAGCGAGGAUUCCAUCAUACAGCAGACAACAGCAUUUCAGGCCAUGGAGUCACAAAGCAGAGACACUCUUCAGUCAGAUAGGACAAUGGUCACCUUGUCACAAAUGGCAGAAACUACACAACAGGCUCAGCAGCCAGCAUUACAGGAACAGGCUCAGACAUUGCAGCAGCAGAUAUCUACUAGCUUAUUUUCCUCAUCUAGUACCCAGAUGCAAAAUACACUUCACCAGCUUCAGUCCGGGAGUUUUCAGUCGGGGGUAAGCAGCGGCAGUACAGAAGUGGAUCUGGUCCAGCAAGUUCUGGAGGCUCAACAGCAGUUAUCCUGCGUCUUGUUUUCUAGUCAGGGUGGGAAUGAAAAUAAACAGUCUGCUUUGGGGCAAGUCCAAGAACAGCUCAACUCUGGGAUAUUUCAACCUGUUGGUUCAAUACAGAGUUCUCCCAGCCAAAGCAUCUAUUCACCAUCCGAAUCUGUGCAUAGCAGAUCAGAUAAUGUUCUCUCUGGGAGAUCUGAAAGUCUUCUUCAGCAAGCUGAGAACUCCAUGACAAGUCAACAGCAAGCUAUGGAAACAAAUGCAUCCCUGGUCAUGGAAAUGCAGCAAAGUAUUCACCAGGCUCCAGGACCAAUGCAAUCUGACAUAUUCCAAACCCAGAGUCCUGGAAGCAUCCAGUCACCUGUGUACCAACAAGGUUCUCACUUAAUAAGCAGCCUCACUGCAAAUGAAGAGAUGCAAAUGCAGUGUGAUAUGUUCUCCUCUCCGGGAGUCACUGGGAGUGAUGGCAGCACAGGUCAACAGCAAGUAUCUGCCUCAGCCUCAAAUCUCUUCCCAUCUUCUACUACCACAGAUAAUGAUAAUGCACAGAGCCAGACAGAGCAGAUGCAGAGCAGUGUUUUUCAAUCCCUUGUCCAGAUGCAGCACAGUGGGGAUGGACAAGCCCAAGUCAACCUCUUCUCAUCUGCAGACAACAUGCUUGGAGUUCAAACAGGUGGUCAGCAGCAAGGGACUGGACUAUACCAACAAGCUGGUGACAUGAUGGCACUCCAGCAAGGUAAUUUUCUACAACAGUCUUCACAUUCACAUGCCCCACUAUUCCAUUCCCAGAAUACAAUAGCAGAUAACCAAGAAACACAAGGAAGUCUCUUUCACCCUUCAGGCUCCAUUGGGCAGCGUCAGGGCUCCUCUUCUUCUCAAGACCAGAUGCAGUCUUCACUUUUCCAUUCACAAGGAUCAAUUGCAUCUCCUCCAGAGCAGUCUGCCACAAACAUGUAUGCUCUGAGCUCUCUACAGAGCAGCCAAGUGCCUCAAGAGAAGCCACUUUCAUUUUUCUCGAGCCAGAACUCCCUCCCACAGCUCCAGGGAGCCACAAGCCCAGAGCAGCAAGCAGCAUUCCAGCAACAAGCCCAAUUGUCUCAUAUUCAGAAUUCAAUGAUCGCCCAGGAGCAGCAACAGCAGUCACAGCAGAACCUGUUCCAGGCUCAGAACCAACAGACCUCUAUUUUCCAGGCAACUCACUCCAUGGUCGGUAUGCAAGGCAGUCCUUCACCUCAUGAGCAGACUCAGACAAUCCUCUUUAAUGCACAAAGUUCUAUGGCUAAUAUGGCUGCACAAGAACAGCAGCAAAAUAUGAUGUUCAAUCAGAGCCAAGAACAAAUGGCUACCCAAGAGCAACAAAACCAAGCCUUAUUUCAUGCACAAAACAUGGAGUUCCAGGCUCAAAGCCCAAUUAACUCUCAGCAUGACCAGCAACAGUCUCCGAUGUUUCAUAACUCCCCGCAGCUCCAGCUUGUUCAAGCCUCACCCACAUCUCCAGAGCAACAGGUGGCAUUAUAUAUGUCGCCAGCCUCAAUGUCAGCCUUGCAGAACAGUAUGGGCCAACAGGAGCUUCAGCAGACUAGCCUGUACUCUCAGUCCAUCCAAGGGACCACUCCCCCUCCUCAGCAACAGGCCACCAUGUUCCACAGCUCAGCAGGGGGAGCCAUGAGUCAGUUACAAGGUGCAUCAGCGUCAUCACCGCAGACCACUGGGAUGUUCCUAUUUGGUAUCCAGAACAGCUGCAGUCAGAUGAUGUCUCCAGGAGCCGGACCAUUGCCUGAUCAGAUAAUGGCGUUAGCUCAGCCAGGCCAAUCCCAAGGUGAGGGGCAGUCAGUGAGCACACUCCUGUCCCAACAGAUGAAUGAGAACUCCUCAAUGACAACAGAUCAGAAUAUGGAGAAAAUCAGCGAUUUACUGGUGUCUCUCCACAAUCAGGGGAACAAUAUGUCCAGUUCUUUUUAAGAGGUGCAACGGGAGCAGUGUCAAUGGGAUUAUAAUGAAACUGGAUUCUUCUGUUCAUCGGUCACGGUCCAAGUAGAAACAGUUUUUAGUGUUGUGUUUCCCAACUCGUAUUUGUCUUUCUUCAGUAUUUAGCUACCAAGACUAAAAAGCUAAUAUGAUGUCAUACUCCAGAAAGCUAGAACCCCUGAGCCCCCAAAGGGGACACUCAGCCGUUGGUGCUUUCUCCAGUGGUUGUAAUGUUUACCUCUUAUUUCAUCUUUUGUUUAUGUAGGUGUGUAUGUAUGUAUAUAUAAAUAUGUACAUAAUAUAUAUAUAUAUAUAUAUUUUUCUUCCUAUAUUUUUCCCUGAAGGAAUCCAUUUAAUCUCCCUCCCAAGAAGCUGUGAUAGCGUACGCUUAAUGCAUAUACCUGUGUUAUUACAGAGUGGUCUGUGUUAGCAAGUGAGGCAGUUUAGAAACUGUUCUUUGCAAAACAGGCCUGGAUCUAGAAUGUGGGCCUGGUGCUUCUUUUUCUUUCUUUAUCAACAUUGCCCCCGAUGGCAGCUAGAUGUGGCUUUCCAUUCUAGUGUUCGGUGGGAGGGGUGAAGAUUGGGACAUGUUAGGCAAGUAAUGCUGCACUUAAACGUGUUUCUGCUGCCGUCUAGUUAGGUGGCAGAUGCAGCAACUUUCACUUUAUUGAGCCAUGUAGAUAUAUUUUAGUAUCUUAUCUGUUUCUAGUUGCAAAUUUUUCUUCUGUGUUCUUUGUAUGUGUGUUCUGUAAUUUCUCCUCCAUGGAGACGUUGCAUCCAGGAUUGGACACUUAUUGGCAGAGCAGACUUUUGUGAGCAUCGUGGAAUACUGUAGCGGAAUUGCUGAAAAGUGCCCAAUCCUUGAUUUUAACUGUUUCAAUAGUGCAAGUUUAUUACCGAUAUGAAGGGAAUUUUUUCAGAGCGAGGCCCAUUGCCGGCCAUUUAAUUUUUUUGAAUACAGUUUUAAAUCGUUCGAGUUUUUUGACUGUUUUUUAUCUAACGUGUGUUUUAAUUUUUUGGGUUACUUUUUGUUUAUUGAAAGCUCUAUUUUAUAUUUAGGAAACUGGUAUUUGCUACAUGUACUGAAAAAAGUGCGUUAGCAGCAGUAUAUAUAAGUAUAUAAAAUGAAAAGGUUUAUAUAUAUAAAUACAUUACAUAAGAUAUUCUUUUUGCACACAUUUGUGGCAGAUUUUGUCCAUCUUUGUCUCUGUAGCUCAUUUGAGAAGGGGAUGGGAAGAACUGGAAAUGCUUCUUUAUUUAAAAUAUGGCCUGGAGUAUAUGAGAAGGUAUGUAGGUCUGAAGAGACAGGUUCUUUUGCUGUUUUUUUUGUUGUUGGGAUUUUAUAAAUUCCUCUAAUCUACAACUUGAUAUGCCACGAGAAGGAGCCAGCAGUGCGAAUCUUUAUUCAUUACCUUUGCAACUUUUUUUUUUUGUACGUUGCAGUCUUCUAAUGACCCUAUACUAUGAGAUUAGAAUGGUUGUAGAUGCUGAAGCUUCAGCACAAAUGUUCCUUUAGGGUACGUUCAUGUGUGCAUAUAUUUGCUGCAGAGUUUGCUGCCCAUUGGGUAGAAAAGUCUGCUCCAGCAAAUCUACAGCAGAAAACAUGCCCUUGUGAACGUACCCUUAGGAUGUCAUUCACACCAGUGUAUUGAAAUAUGGAAAGACAUACAGACUCAUAUUACCUGUAUUUCCUUCUGCUUGCUCUGCACAUACAGAUCAUACAUAGAAGUGAGUUAGCAAUUAGGUAAAUAGAAUAUAAUGAUAUAAAACUCAUGACCACAUGAAAUAGUUCUAUUGUAAAACAAAAUAUGAAACUGAAGUCAGUCAUUGCAGCUAAUACACUGAUGUGAAUGAGGCCCUAGACUACUAGUUUCAUAGUGCAAUGUUCAAGGCCACAAAAAAAAGCAGAUGGGGUUUUACCAUGUUCUAUUAUUUUGGAGCUUAAGGUUCCAGUAAAAGAUAGAAAACAGUAGAAAGAGAGUCUGUAGCUUCCAGGACCAGCCUUGAGUGUGCCUAUUUUUUGCAUACCCACAUGAACAAAGUUGCUCAAUCAGGUAGGAUUACUUUUCCACUACUAAUAAAACCACCUUCACCCAAGUGGCUUAAAGUUACUUGGUCUCAUUACAAUGAAAGGCAAACUGUGUCCAGAUCAGUUACCAGUCCGGUCAUGCCAGUCACUGACCACCGUUAUAUGCUAAGGAUCUUCUAUAAUUUGUGCCCAUUACCUACAUACAUUUUGUUGGCUGGACUUGUAUUAUUGCAGCUCAGUUUUCUUAGGAUUCAUUUUAAUUGUUCCUUAAAUUAACCAGCUUUAGAUGGCAAAAGGAUCAAUUUAGGGACAUUUCCCUAAAAAAUCUGGAACGACAAUAUAAAAUCAUAUUUAUAUAAUAUGAUGGAUCAUGAAAUUACUAGUAUUAGCCUGCAGUUGUGUUCAUGAUAACAGGGGUGUAUAGACACAUACACCAAAUUAUGUAUGGCAGGAGAAAGGAGCUUAUUGUGUCCUAUUAUGUAACACCCUGCCCCCACCUUCAGUUCUGCUUACUGUACACAGUACAGUUACUAAAAUAGAAAAACGACCAGCACCAAGAAGGCAGAUACAAUUCUUCUUUA